AUGCAUAUUUUAUAUUCCUGCGUUUGUCCAAAAUUGGUUGUAUUACAUGAUAAUAUGAAUGAUGAAACUACAAUUCAUAGACCUGAACAAUAUCACAAGUUAAUAGUUGGUACGACUUUCAUUGCAAUUUAUCAACCUGAGGAUUUUGAACAGCGUAAAGCCUAUUAUCAUGCAAAACGUCCGACAAACUAUGUAUUUAAAAUACAAAUAGCUUGUGACUUUCAUCAUCGAGUAGUACAUGUAUCCAAAGGAUAUCCAGGUAGUGAACAUAAUAUUACGAUUCUAAGAGAAUCAGGUCUAUUAGAACAAACACAAGAAGAUGUCCAAAUCAUUGCUGAUAAAGGAUAUAUCGGUGAACAAUAUGUUAUUAUACCAAGAAAAAAACCUCAUGGUGGUAAUUAA